AUGAUUCAAAAUUAUAGAAGAAUGAAAGAUUAUUGUGCUCAGAAUGCAUGGACAAUUUUGAUUCUGAUGCUAUAAACAAUAGGAUUUAAUAAAGUCAUUCAAAUUAUUGAGGAUAGAAAAAAGAAGAGGAAAGAUCUACCAGAAGGUUUGAUCGUGGCUACUAUUAAAUCCGUUGAAGAGUUUUAAUCAGAAUUAGUCUAGUUGAAGUCCUCUAUCAUAUAAUAUCUUAAUGAACUAUUUAGAUUCACAACUGAUUGGAUUCAAAAUUUAUCAAAUAUAGGAUAAUCUUAGAUUGAGAAUUACAGCUUUUUCUAAGAAUUAGAUUAUUUAAUCUAGAAUCCGGUGGAAGAUAUUUAAGGAUAUAAGUGUGAAGAAUUGGAUAAAGUUAAUUAUUCUUGGAGUUAAAAAUUGCUUCCUAAAUUUUAAAUGUUUUAAUGUUUUCCAAGAAUAUACUAAAGGCAAGGAUAUCUCGAAAAAUGUAUUAUACCAAAAGUUAUUGAUAAGGUUUGUGUAUUCAAAUUGGAAGAUGGAUUUUUCUAGAAAAACUUAGAUAAAUAAAUUGAAUUAACCUAAAAUAGUAGUGAUGACUAUUAUUAAGUUCCAAUAAUAUUCAAUAAAGAAAAAGGUAUAAUCAUUAUUUUACGUAAAUCUCAUAUUCAUAUUAUUUAAAAAUGUAAAGAUGGGACACUUAAAAUUGUAGAAAAGUUGGGUAAAAAUGGUAAUAUAACUGGAGCAUUGAGAGAAAAUGGAUAACAUUUAGUAAUUUGGGACUCUGACAAAGCUUUUGAUAGAUUAUGA